CUUUCAUUGAGUGCGGUUUCAAUCUGUAAUUCUAGAGCGCAAAACUCUGGCAUUGCAGUUGCAUUUGUUUUUUGUUUACAUUUAUCGUUCCGGAAGGGCUCUACGUUCGUCAUGUGCCAAGUCAAACUGUUCGGUUUCCUGAUUACGAUAUUGCAAAUCUGCUUAAUAAGCAGUCAAAAUCUGCCGUUUAUUGCCUGUCCGGAUCUAUUUCGGUACCUGGAAUACAAUAAUGAGUAUAUAGGACAUCUCCAACUAGUUUUGGAUAACCAGAACACGGAUAACGUAGUGCGUGUUGAACUUUCGCAGCGUGGCAGAAGGACGUCUGAACCGGGAUCCCUCAACUUCUUGGAGAACGAGGAGUCGCUCAAAUUUCGCUUGUCCAACAAUGAGCCUGUCAACUACCGAAUCGACUUUCCCACGCCGGGUGUGGUGCCCAAACUUACCAUGGUUUCGAUCAAUGGAGAAGUUGUGUGCCAAGCCAAGCCGUUUGGAGCACCUAGCACAAGGCUAUCUUUAUCCCGUACUCUGCGAACAACUGUUCCUUUGGCGGCUUUGCCGACACCUGAGCGGUCCCAGCCCCCCCUGCGGUCCCAGGAACAGGAUCCCUCUCAGAGAAGCCGACAACAACAGCCUCCUCCAAGGCCGAGGCCCCAAGGACCCAGGUUCGAGAGCACAACCAGAACACCACCACCACCACCACCACCUUUGGUCCCGCCCGUGCAAGCCACCAAGUCCGUUCCCCGGACAAUCGGACAGCUGAGUGGAGUUUGUGGGCGGGAGAAGACCAUCCAGACGCCCUUCAUCCACAACGGAAUCGAGGUGGAACGUGGUCAGCUGCCCUGGAUGGCGGCCCUCUUCGAGCUCGUAGGCAGGGACUACAACUUUUUAUGCGGAGGAACCCUAAUCUCGGCCAGAACGGUGAUCUCGGCGGCCCACUGUUUCCGCUUCGGCAGCCGGAGUUUGCCAGCUGAAAGGACUACGGUCUCACUGGGUCGAAUUUCUCUCGACUUGAUAUCACCCGGAAAAACUAGUGGCGUAUCACUUCUUUUGCUGCACCAGGACUACAAUCCCAAUGUUUACACCGAUGCGGAUUUAGCUCUGCUCCAAUUGACUGAGACUAUUCAAUUUAAUGACUACAUAAAGCCCAUUUGCUUGUGGAACGAGAACUUUCUGCUGGACCUGCCCUCGGGCUACAAGUCCUACGUGGCUGGUUGGGGAGAGGACGAGAAGGGCAACCGGAACACGCGGCUGGCCAAGAUGACGGACACGGACAUCAUCACCCACUCGGAGUGCCGCGGCAACCUCUCCGAGGAGAAUGCGCGCUUCAUCACCUCGCACACGAUCUGCGCCAGCAAUGCCCAGGCCUCAGGACCCUGUAGUGGCGACUUCGGCGGAGGGCUGAUGCUCCAAGAGGAGGACAUAUGGAUGCUUAGGGGCGUCGUUUCGGCCGGACAGCGAAUGACCAACCGAUGCAACCUUACGUUGCCCGUCAUCUACACCGAUGUGGCCAAGCACAUCGAAUGGCUGCUGCGAAGCAUGUGGUUUUGAGACAUACUGUGCGACGAAAUAGUUGAACUAAGUGCCAAAGUACUGAGAGACCAUAUGGUUAAUAGUGAGAUUAACUUAAACUUAUUUAAUGAAUACAAAACGUUUUAUACCUUGAAGAAGGUAAAA